GGAAUUCAAUUGUAAAUUGCUCCAUUGGCAAAAAAACCAAACUGUACAUAUAUAUAUAUUCCAAGAAGAAAUGUGUAUCAGCUACCAUUGAGUCACAGCCUAAUUAAACCUGUCGUUUUGUGUUACCUUCCGCUGUGACAAGCUAACUCACCGUGUUAUCUGGACGGUGAGUUGACUGCUAGCUGACGUCUGUUAACAGCACUGCCACGAAAGCUGGAGCCCACACGCCAACAACGUUAGCUACCUUUAGCUUGGCUUUGCAUGGCAGCUGCUGGUGGACAUUCUCAUCCCCGGUCGUGACCAGGCCGAAGCGGCUGGCUGCCUGACUUCAACGCCGAGCAUCUGAUGUAUCCCCCGCCUCUGUAAUCAGAGUUCGACAUUAAAGGCUUCUAGGCGUAGUCUAUCGGACGUCAAAGUUCCUUUUGUCAACUACCACAAGUCAUCGUCUACCUGCAGAAAUGGCUCUUCCAGACACACAUCUGCUCCAGUAUAUUAAUAUAAUAGCAGAUUCCCUCAGCUGCGGUGAAGUCGGAAGGCUCCUGUACUUGUGUGAAAACCUGGACGCAGAUGACAGCGUGUCUCGUUUGAAGGACGUCUUGAGGUCUAAAGUGACAGGCUGUGAGGAUGGUCGUCUGCUCCUGGCAGAGCUCCUCCUGCAUUUGAGGCGUUUUGACAUCCUGAGAAAGGUGUUCAGUUACAGCAGAGCUGAGGUGGAGGAGACUCUAAAACACAGGGAGGUGCUGCCAAGAUUCAGAGUACUGAUUGCUAAUAUAAGUGAGGAUAUGGCCAGUGAAGAUCUGAAAAGUGUGAAAUUCCUGUUAGGCAGCACAUUGCCUCGUGAAAAGACAGAAAAAGCAAAGAAUUUCCUGGACGUAGUUACUGAACUGGAGAAGUUGGAUAAAGUUUCACCUGAAAGGGUGGAGUUAGUAGAAGAAUGCUUAAGACAUAUUGACAGGAUUGACCUGGCCAAAAAAGUGAAUAUGUACAAGACAUCAGUUGUAACAUCUGAACAACGUUCAUGUCAACAGCAAAGUUACAGUUUUCCUCUUCAAUCCCCCACUCCAAAUAGUACCCAAUCUCCACAACAAACAAGACUGGUACAGUCCCGUCACAUUGUCCAAGAAAAAAUACCAGUGCCUAUAUACAGAGAGAAGAACUAUCGGAGUCCACUAGAUUGGUACAAAUUUAACAGUGAUCCCAGAGGAGUAUGUGUUAUCAUAGACUGUGUGGGCAAUGACGGAGAGAUGCUGGAACAUACAUUUAAGGCUCUUCACUUCAAUGUGGUCCUUCACAAAUUGCUUAGUGUGGAUGACACGCUUUCAACUCUCAGAAGGAUUUUCAGACAGAGAGAGAACCACAGAGGUGACGGCUUUGUCUGUUGCAUCAUUAGCCGCGGCACAGCCAGUCAUCUUCUGGCUACAGACUCGUAUGGCAUGGGUCUUCGUCUUGACACUGUCAGGCAGCUUUUCACUGCGGAUGAAUGCCCCAUGUUGGCUGGCAAGCCUAAGCUCUUCUUCAUCCAGAGGUACAGCAUCCCUGAGUUCCAGCCCUAUGCCAGGAUGCAGCAUCGGGACAAGGAUCUGGAGACAGAUGGUUGUGAUGGGCUGUCCAGGGGUAAUUCAGUCCCUACAGAUGCAGAUGUCUUCUGGAGUCACUGCUGGACAGAUGAACGUCACCUGCAACAAGGACAUCAUCGCUCCAUCUACCUGAAGGCUCUGACAGAUGCCUUACACAAAGGCCAGAGAAGGAAAACAUCUCUUAUUGAUGCUCAUCUUGAGGUGAACAGGGCCAUCUAUGAACACAACAAUGGGAAUCCUGGAGAAGAUUACCACAUCGAUCUGAAACAUACUCUAAGGAAAGAGCUUCACUUACAAUAGAGGAAUUAUUACUAUCACUUUCACCAAACCCUCAAUACUAUCAACCUAACAUAUACAUGUUGUACUCCUUGCCAGAGAAGAACUUUGUUUUUAUUUACUGUGUCUACUAUGACCCCUACUGGUUGUAUGAACUCAAAACACUUACAUUUAUUUAUUUUUUAAGAUGAAGGUGCAAAGUCUAUUUAAGUGCUUGUAUCCUAUAUGAAUGUGUAACUUAUACAUUUUAAAACUUCCAUAACAGACAUAAAUACAAUAUGCACACAAUACAAAACAACAGUGAUAAUAGUAAAUAGUUAAAAACAACAA